UUUUAGGAAAAAAUGUGUAAAAUUUUCAGUUUCGUUAAAAAUGUUUAAAUUUAGGUUAAAAAGAAAACUAUAAAAUGCUAUUGAGAAUAUGCCGUCCGACACAAAAAAUUAUACAAAUUUUUUUAAAAUGCAUCAAAAACCAAAAUUACAUCAGAUUCAUUUCCCUGACUCCAGUGCUCUUCCCUCGUCCAUUUGAUGAUUCGACUGCAAAAGAAGCAACAAUAGCCGAAAGUAGGUUUUAUUUACCAAGUCUUAAAGAAGCCUCAGAUGUUAGAAAUACAAUUCUACAAAGAUCCAUGCACAGUUUCUUAGAGCGUUUUGACAUGGGCAGCUUGAAAAUAUUAACGUUGCCAGCUGGAGAAAGCAAUUUAAUGUAUUUGAUAAUCGAUGUUCAGACUAAUGAAGCUGCCGUGGUUGAUCCGUUUGAUGUGACACUGGUACUAAAAUACAUCAAAAAAAUGCCAAAUUUAAAAUUGUCGACCAUACUAACGACACAUUUCCAUUACCAACAUUCUGGUGGGAAUAAAAAACUACUGCAGUUGACUAAAAAUAUACCCGAAGUCUAUGGCAGUCAGAGCCGUAUUCCAGCGCUAACUAGGAGAAUCCAUGAUAACGAUAUAAUUACUUUCGGCAAUAGUACCAUAAAAUGUAUAUCCACACCGUUUCACACGAGUGGAGACAUGUGUUAUUUCGUCGAAUCGCCCAACAAAGAUAUUCGCGCACUCUUCACCGGUGAUACACUUUAUCAAGCCGGCUGUGGUAAAGUUAUCGAAGGCAGCUACUAUGAUCUCCAUAAGGCUUUGUACAAGAAAUUAGCUAAGCUGCCUGACGACACUUUAAUUUUUGGAGGUCAUGAGAAUACAGUAGAGAAUCUUCUCUUCGCUAUGAAAGUAGACCCUGAAAAUUAUCACAUCCAAAGGCGUUUAAAUUGGGCAGAGACUCGACGUAGUGCAAAAUAUUCGACUAUUCCUUCGACCCUCAUGGAAGAAAAGCUAUGGAAUCCUUAUCUACGUGUGCAUACACCUUCAAUAAAAACAAUCACUAAAGAAAAUGACAAUGUACGGGCUUUGAAUAAACUGAAGGAUAUGGAAGAUUUGUAUAUGAAGGGUGAAUUAGUGUAAGAAUUUUCAGGUCUCCUAUAUUUCUAAUAAAUGCUUUGUGACUAAAGCAUUUAAUGGCUGGUGUAUUUCAAGUAUUUAUUUUUAAACUUAAAUUAGUUUUUUAAGUGAAAGUAUUGAGUGCGGUCUAUUUUUGUCAAAAA